GCACUGAAUCAGAAGAGGACUUGCAUCGGCUGUAUAAACCAGCCAUGGGUCCCACUAAAAGCAUUAUGAAGGAAGCAGAUGGCAAGGAUGAUGAUGAAGAUGACAGCGGCGAUGACACUUUUGGAGAUGAGGAGAAUGGCCAAGCGUCCAUCCAGAGACAGGAGGAAGAGAGCCCAUUCGUUGGGGCUGGGGAUGACAACACUGUAGGAGACGACUCAGAAGAUUAUGCUGACACCCAGAGGGAUUACAGCAGCCAGAAUCUUGACGAAGGGGAAGAUGUCAGCCACGCCGCUGAUAGUGGAGCCAGUGACGGUGAUGGACAAAGCCGAGAAAAUGGUGAAGAGCAUGACAGUGACAGUCAAGAAUUUGACGAUGAUGAAAUGCAGGGGGAUGACCCUGAUUCCUUUGGGAGUGACAACAGCAAUUCCAGCAUGAGCAGCGACAGUCUCAACUCCAAGGAGAGCAGUCAAGAAAACAGUGAGCAAGGGAGCCGGCAGGAUUCGAACGAUAGCCAAUCCGUGGGGCAGUCCAGCAGGAAAUGGCUCAAAAAAGCAGGGAUAUCAGAGGAGGAGGAAGAUGACAGCGGGGAACAGAAUGACAGCAACUCCAUGGAAGAAAGGGACAGUCACUCCACUGAAGACAGCAGCUCCAGAGAAGCCAGCCCUGGACAAUCUGAGGAAAACAGCAAAAGCAAAUCCCACGAGGACUCUGGGAGUCGCUCUCGGGAAGGGGCGGACAGCAGAGGCUCCCGGGACCUCAGCAGCUCAAAGGAUCACAGCAAAGGAUCGAGUCAAGAAACUGUCCUAAAGCAAAAGAGCAGCAAAUCCCACGAAGACUCUGAGGUCACAUCUCGGGGUGACAACCCUGAACCAAAUGAGGACGGCGAUGAGGUGGACAGUGACUCUAGUCAGGAGAGCAGUUUGAGCAAGUCCUCCCAAUCAGAAAGUGAAUCGAGAGAGAGCCAAGAGCACAGCAAAUCUAGCGAGAGCAGCAGGCAGUCAGAGGAAAGCAGAGAGUCAUCUGAGGAAAAGAGCAGUUCUAGUCACGAAGGUCUCCUUUCUCAUAGUAGAAGCUCUUCUAAAGAGGACAGUGCAGAGAGCAGUUCCGAACAGGUAGGCACCAAAGAGAGCGACUCUGAAGAAAGUGAGUCCCAGGAGAACAGUACAUCCAAGAGAGACAGCAAAUCCACUGAGAGUCAAUCCAGCAGCGAAGAGGAUGCCAGUCUGUCGAAGAGCAUUGAACUAGAAAGCAGAAAGUUAAUGCUUGAUGCUUAUCAUAACAAACCCAUUGGAGAUCAUGAUGAUAAUGAUUGCCAAGAUGGUUACUAGCCUCAGCUUUUACAAACACUUGUAAAAUGUACAGAAUGACUGUUUUGGGGAAAAAAAUAGUUAUCUAACUUAAUUUAUUCAUCCUACCUACCACAGGAUGAUCAAAGCCAUUUCUUUUGAAGGAUCAAUACCAGAAGUGGUAGUAGGCUGUCACAAUUCCCCAGAGGCUCGCUUAAUGUGAAAAUUAAACAAAAAAAAAUUUUAUCUACACAAACAUUAACAAAGACAAUCUAUCCUUUAAAAUUUCAGGGCUGA